AUGUCGUGGUUCACAUCAUGGUUCGCAUCUUCGAAGAACUCAGAGUCUCGUCCGGUCAAUCAACCUCCAGUUGCUGAGAAGCGCGUCCUCGAGGAACCCGUCAAGCCAGCCGAACCCACCAUUGAGGCAGUCCAACUCCCUGCACCACAGCCUACGCAAACCGAACGCGUGAACAGAAACAAACUCAUUUUCGGAGCUGGCGCCGUAUUCUUCGCUUUCUCGCUCCUCGUCACUCGAAGAAGCCUCGCGCGGAAACGGCUAGCUGCUAGCCCAGCCUUCUACGCCAAUGCCCCUGGACAUCAAGCAGAACAAGCGAAAAAAGUGAAUGGUGCCAUGGAAGCUGUCGAAGCACUGAACAUUGCAACUAUCAACGUGCUUAGUCUGACGAUGAUGGCCACUGGAGGAGCUCUAUGGUAUCUCGAUAUCAAUAGCUUGGCAGAAGCGCGGAGGAAGUUGAGGGGCGGACUGGGUAUUGAUGGGACGGGCAAAUCUGAAAAACAAGCAGAGGAAGAGUUUGAAGAGUGGAUGGCGACGGUGCUAGCCCGGAAAGAAGCAAAAGGACCGCAACCUACACAAACGAAUGAACGGGGCCAGGAGAGGUGA